UGUAGCGGGGGAGCCACGAAGCUGGAAGAUGCCCAGGAGUGGAUUUCUUCUGGCAAAGAUCAGCGCUACCCUAGAAACAAACUCUUCCUCCCGACGAGGCUGCUGGGUGCCGUGGGAAUGUUGCUGCACGGCCCGCAGGCAGCGCCAGCACCGGGCGCGGGGCGUCCAUCGGCUCUGCCAGCACCCAGCUGGACCCCGAUCCCAGCGCCGAGCCCCGAGCAGCCCCACGUUCCUCUCGAUAUCUCAGUGCCGUGAGGCUGUGCUCACGUUCACCCACUGUCAAUAGCGAGCAGUUAUAACGAGCCCAUUGAAGAUAAUUACAGAGCACGUUUCUCCCAGCUAUGAGAUGCUUUGAAUCUCUCCCUUACACUCGCAUGCAAGUAUUCAGUUUGUGUCUUUGUUUUCUAUGGAGGGAGACUCAGACGUGUUGGAUGACUGCCUGGUGCAGCUGAUGCCAAAUGCCAAAAAUAAUUAAACAAUUCUCUCUCCCUUCUCAGCCUCAAAUCCAUCGGGUGGGAGCGGUCACUCGCAGCACAGAGGGCAGAGAGGUGCUGCGCUGCUCCUGCUGUGGGUGUCCCCCAACAGACCAAAAUUCUGCAUAGUUUUGGGAUGCUAAAGAAGCAUAGAAGCAAUAGCAUUAACAAUCAGAUGUCUGCAUCCCCAAGUUCUGCAACAAGUUCCCAUCCUCUGGGAGCAAUUCUGCCUUCCAGGAGCUCUUGCAGAAGAGCAGGGAUUGUUCAGGGUGUAAUGACCCGUUCCUCAUUCACAGGGCUGAGCUCUGCACAGACAUCCCCAUCCCAUCCCGCUCAGCACUCUGUUCUGGCCCACAUUUCGGUCUGAUUAAAACUAAUUUUGUAGAGGGUCUGAUUGUCCUUCUUCUUGCUGAAGGAAGAACAUUCCAGACUUCUCAGCACCGUCACUUGUUUGACUUCUCCCUGUAGUAACAGGUUUGCAUUUCAUUUCAGAGUUUCUCUUAUUUUCAAUACAUUUCCAUAACUUGUUCUCGGUUCCUUUUAUGUUUGGCCUUACUUUGCUGUGCAACCACUUUCUCAUCAUCCCCGGACGUUUGUGUUCCUCCUCUACACACCUGCUUCCACAGUUUGCAUGGGUCCUUUUGUUUUUCUCCUAACACAAGUGCUACCUGUGCUGUGUCCUGGGCUGCCCCGUGCUGCUGUGUGCCCCGUGGUCCCCGUGCUGCACAGGGCCGUGCACUGCGAUGCCUUUGCAGUGUGUUUCCUCGGGCAGCACUGCUGCUUCUGUACUUCCAGCCCAGGCACUGAGUGGGGAUGGCUGAGUGAAGCUCUCUUGAAUUUGGUUGUUACGAUUUCCCUUUUUCUUCACCAAUGCACUUUCAGUGUUACUAAGCCAAGUGCAUGUGUUUACUAUUACUGCAAAUUAACAGACAAGAUGAGUCAAUUAGAACAAAACAUUAAACUAAUUGCUUCCUGUUCCAAAUGCUUUGAAGAAAAUGCAGCACAUAAAAUUUUUCUCCUCCUGGUUCCUUUCUCCUCUGUCAGCAUUUGGGAGCACUGGAAGAUGUUCUGUUCCCCAGACUGCAACCCUUUCCUGUGCUCCUUUGGUCACCCCAAACAAACCAAUGCUGUGUUUCUCUCCUCCCCCUCUUGCUCUGCCAGGGGUCCAGGCUGCGCAGGUGCUGUGGGGACCAUUCUGGGGAGCUGAUGUGAGCCCAGAUGGAGCUCACCUGACAAGUGAUGGGACUCCAGUGUCCAAAUACAGCCUGUGCUAAAGUAGCAGAGUUAUGUGACCGAUGCCCCAGGAGGAUGCUGGUCCCCCAGCUCUGAGUGCUGCCAUCCUAGCAGCAGCCCCACGGAGGGCAGCAGCCGGCAGCUCCACCCAUGGGCACAGCACAGCUCUGCUGAGCUCCGUGCUCCGUCCUUCACACAACAUGGCAAUGUUACAAAGAACUGAAAGCACAAACAGGGGCUGCUCCGUUGUUUAGGAUGUGCUGCUGUGGGACACAGGACUGUGCUCGAGGGAUCUCCAUCAGUCCUCCACAGCACUAAAAGCAAGCCUUCCAGUUUGCUGAUUUCCAAAGGCACAUCUCGGAUUGCUCAGCAGAGCACAGACACCGCAGGAUGGGCACCUGCUGCAGCUCAGCUGCCAGCCCCCCACAGCAUCGCAGCCAGGGUGGGCCUGCCUUCAUUCAGAGCAACGGUCUGCUGCCUGUUGUGUUAAAUUGAGUUUUCUGGUGUGGAUAAAGGUCAGGAAGGCUGUUAUUUUAAAUGAACUUUAUGGGUUUAUUUAGAUGACGGUCAGGAUGCUAAAGGUCCUUCACAUCUGCUGGUUCUGGCAUCUCUCUCCUUUCUCAUAUUGUACCACCACAACAGUAACAUUAAGAAGCUUCUCUUCCUGUAACCCAGAUUGAGGACCAAAAUCUUAAGGGCUCUUCCCCAGCCCCGUGCUGUUGGGCACUGCAGGUGGCAGCCGCUGGGAGCUGCACAGCUGUUGUCACCUCUGGCCACACCAGAGCAGAAACACCCAAAUUCAUUCCCAGAGAGAUUUUAUUAGAAGGGAACUUACAGCAGGCAGUAGGAUCCCACGGGAUGACUACAUUAAGGCAUUAAUUGUUCCUUAACAUUCUCAGACAAGUUCAGCCUGCUUUUCAUCUGGGUACACAUUUAGAAGAAGUACUUUUGGAGCUCGAUUUCAUUAGAAAAAGACAUCGAGAAAGGAUGGGGGCAGUUGGUCGCAGCAAAUGCACACUUCAGCCUUACUAUCGCUCUGCCCUUUCCAGUAAUGACAAAUACUCGUGGAGCUGCCCGGCUGAGCUCUGUGCCGUUCCUCGUCCCGCAGGUGCCGCGAGCCAAAGCGCUGUUCUCGUACCGGGGCCACAACCCCGGGGAGCUGCGCUUCAACAAGGGGGACGUCAUCGUGCUGCUGCGGCAGCUGGACCAGAAUUGGUACCUGGGGGAGCUGAACGGCGUCAGCGGGGUCUUCCCAGCCAGCUCCGUGCAGGUCAUCAAACAGCUGCCGCUGCCGCCGCCCCUCUGCAGGGCUCUUUACAACUUCGACCUGAGGAGCAGGGAUAGGAGUGAGAACAACGACUGCCUGUCAUUCCACAAGGGAGACAUCAUCACCGUCAUCAGCAGAGUCGAUGGCAACUGGGCCGAGGGCAAGCUGGGCGACAAAGUGGGCAUCUUCCCCGUGCUGUUUGUGGAGCCAAACACGACGGCACGGCAGCUCCUGCAAAGCAGCAAAGGCUCCUGGCCCACCCCGCUCCGCUGCACACCGCUGAGCGUGGCCUCCCCGAAGGCGCGGGGCCAGGAGCUGCACAAGGCGCCCGACGCCCGGCGCAAGAGCCUGCGGCCCUUCUCCAUCACCACGGCCCUCAACACGCUGAACCGCAUGGUGCACGCCCCUGCCGACCGUGGGAUGCGGUACGGGCUCCAGCAGCCGAGCUCCGCUCUGAUUCCUCCUGCUCUCCGCGCAGGGCGCCUGCCUCAGCCCGACGCCCGUGCCUGUGCCAUGCGGACGUCUCCGGCGCGGCCGUGA